UUUUUUACCAACACCGACCGCCAUAUUGCUGCCGAGCUGUCAAAAAAUAUUUUGCCCUUCUCUUUCUUUCCGGUUAGCGUCAUGCCUUUUGAGAGAUUCGUACAAACUGGUCGCAUUGCCAAGGCCUCCGCAGGUCCCCUGAAGGGUCGCCUGGUGGCCAUUGUUGAUGUCAUUGAUCAAAACAGAGUUUUGGUUGAUGGCCCUCUCACCGGUGUUCCCCGUCAGGAAUACAGAUUGAACAAUCUGCAUCUGACCAAGUACCGCAUCAAGUUCCCCUACACAGCGCCCACACGCAUUGUGCGCAAAGUGUGGCAAGAUAGCGACCUGAAGGCACAAUGGAAGGUCAGCCCAUGGUCCGUCAAGGCCCAAAAUAUCUGCAAGCGCUCUCAAUUGAAUGACUUUGACCGCUUCAAGCUGCGUUAUGCCAAGCGUCAGCGCAACAAGCUGCUGACCAUUGCCUUCAACACACUGAAGAAGCGCACCAAGGCCGAUGGCACUCCACGUGUUCUCAAGAAGGAUCGUCGUGAGCGUCUGCGUGCCGAAAAAGCCAAGGGUGGCAAGAAGGCUGCUCCAGCCAAGAAGUAAAAACACAACCACAAAAACCCUUUUUAACGAAAAGUAACUGCUUGAUGAACAUCUAAAACACAACAUCAUGAUGGAGCAAAUAAAAAGAAGUGUUAUUUUUAGGAAAAACACACGAA